UUGGGCAUGUCUUGCGAUUCCUUCCGCCACAGCCUGCGAACUUCACCGUUACAUCCAUCUCCCACAUAAUUUUAUCAAUACUGUUUUUAGCAAGCUGUCCGUGACAGAGAUAAGCUGAAGAUGGGAAAGGACUGCUGUUCAAAUUCACCAGCAGUCAGCUGUUGUCAUGCAGGUUGGUUCUUCCACAGUUUGCAGAACAUGAGAUCGGAGGGUAUGUUAGUGGACGUGACUCUGUGUGCCAAGGGAAAAGAGAUCCCCUGUCACCGUCUGGUUCUAGCCGCCAACAGCGAGUACUUCAAACUAAUGUUCAAUGGAAGUCACAGCGAGAGCAGGAAGGACAAGAUAGAGAUAGGAGGGGUGAGCGCAGAGACACUGCAGCAGUUGGUAGACUAUGCCUAUACGUCCGAAGUCAACAUCACUGAAGAAAAUGUCCGGUCCCUGUUUGAAGCAGCGGACAUGCUGCAGGAUUUUGGGGUCAAAGGUCACUGCGCAGAGUUUCUGCAACAACGUGUUAACAAAGAGACUUGUUGUGGAAUAUGGGCGCUGGCAGACAGGAUGUUGUCUAUACGUUUAGCUGAGACAGCGAAAGGCUGCGCUCUGAAAUGGUUUGAAGAAGCGUGUGCGACUGAGGAGUUUCUUCAGCUGCCGUUUCAUCUACUAAAGGCAUACGUCUCAGACAAGGGCCUUCUGGCCAAGAAGGAGGAACGGGUAUUAGAAGUGAUCAUGCUUUGGGUGAGACAUGAUCUUAAAGAACGAGAAGGGCACCUCAAGGAGCUGCUGAAGUGUAUUUGCUUCUCAAGUAUAGACAAAGACUAUCUCAAGGACAUGCUGAAGAGAGACAAGGUGUUGGCAAGAGUUCGUGGAAUCAAGCAAAUGGCAAAGAGUCGGCCUACAAGUGAAAGCACUCGUGAAAUUAGCCAGCAAGAAAUUCUGGUUCUUGGUGGCUCUCGGCUUUACUACGGUGACAUCCCAGAAAUGGGGCCAAGAUUGCAUUUGAACAGUCGUGUCUACAGACUUGGCCUUGACUCUCAGUGUAUAGACAGUGGUCUACUGCCCAUGCCCUUUCGUGGGAACAGGGGGAUAGCAGCAUGUGUUGUUGAUGGUGACGUCAUUGUGACGGGGGGUCACGAGUCCCUGACCCAAGCCUGGAGGUACCGGCCAGCUCUGAAGUCUUGGACAAAGCUUGGAAGUCUCAAGGCUGGAAGAUUUAAUCAUGGGAUGGCAGUUUUGCAGGGACAGGUGUACGUGGUGGGUGGUUCGCGACCAGCAAGCUAUCCAGAUGUCAUUGAGAGGUUGUCCGACGUAGAGGUGUACAAUAAGAGGACCAACCGCUGGAAGAAGGUUGCACCACUGAAGCUAGCAGUGAGCAGUUUUGGUAUAACCACCUAUGGUGGAAAGAUCUACAUAUUUGGCGGCGAGCCAUAUGUGUAUGAUGGAAACGACUUCAGGGAGAACCAGACUCAGGCGUUCCAGGGCUAUGACCCGUCCCAAAACAAGUGGACUCUUCACCAGUUGCCAAUGAAAAUGUCCUGCAUACAAGCGUGCACAGUCAACUCCAAGAUCUACAUCGUUGGCGGAAGUUUGAAGCAUGUGCUGUGUGUUGAUCUCGAGGAAGAGAUUGCCAAGCCCAUGGCAGAAACACUGUUCCCGUGGGAACAAUGCAGCGCCUUCGUCUGUGGUGCAGAAAUCUACAUAUCCGGUGGCAGGGUACAUCAAAUGAUAACUACCAGAAACGGCACUGUGCGUCAGAUGGAGACCUACGGCUCUGUGCAGUGUUACAACGUGAACAGUGACACCAUGGUGUUAUGUAAGGAUCUGCCAGAGCCACUGUAUGGACACCGCACUGUGACCAUAGCCAAGACUUAGUCUGUACACAAGGCUCAGGCAUGCCCUCUGGCAGGUGUACUUAGUACUCCAGGCUCCCAUGUCCAUAACUGACUGUCCUAUUUGUACAGUCUUCAUUCUUGAGGACUGUUUUGGGAUCUCAACUGUAUACUGACUUAU